AUGUCGUCCGCCAGCUUCGCUACGCUCGCAUAUGAGGCGUUGGUCCUCGGAAUCAACGAGAAUUAUAAGCACACCAUCAUCCAAUUGAUCGCGUGUGCUUUCGUGUUUCUCGUUUUUAUGUGGUGCAUGAUCGAAAACGAAAGCAAGACCGACAUCGCAGCCGGCGCAGAGAACACAAAUAGCAGCGACAGAGACGAUAGCAACACGAAAUCAACACAAACAACAUCGUCAUACGUAAGCACGGAGACGCAAGCAGAUCUGCCGCCACCACCAAGUAUCGCACGCUACAUCGAUGCCGAGACACAGACUCGGACCUGGAGUGCUCCUGCUGCCGGCGCGCCAGAUUCAUACAUGACUCGUAGGCGCAUACGCGACUACAAGCCAUUGCGCGAUGUGCACGAGGAAUGGGGUCUCGAAAUGAAGCUAUGGAGCAAGAAGUCAGGCCAGCGCACCGAUGAGGUUGCAAUCAUCCAGACCACAAAGGUGAUUGAGCACGAAGUCACUGAGACUAGUGUGACGGCGGAGCAAGACAUCGCUCAGAGAAUUGAGGUGGCACAGCAAGAUGUCGCCCAGCCCAGUAUGGCUGUAGAGCAAGAGAGUACUGAGCCUCAGACAAGAGAACCUACCUCACCGGUAGUUGCGGAUAGCUUCAGCGGAGACACAGAUCAUGAUGAAGUGGAGGUCGUUUGGGGGUACGAUGAAGAUGCUACAGUUUCAGCAGUCACGGAAAAAGUCAUUGCAAUCUUAGCGUCCGACAAUGCGGACACCUUCGGCGCUGUUGAUGAGGCUGCGGGAUUGGGGUCCACUGCCAAUGAGGUCGUCGAGCAUAUCCCAGCGUCCGGUCCGUCUGAAAUGAACGCUUCGGAGCGCGAAGUGUUCUGCGACAGUGACGACGAUGGUGACAGCAGCGGUCCCUUCGCACUCGAUCUGGAGGCCUCCACAGGUGAAGUUUUGCCAGUCCACGUCGAGGACCCUGACACAGUCUCUUCACAGCAGCCAGAGACCUCCCGGCAUGAUGAUAUUGCGAGUGGAAGCCCGGUCGCGCCCUCAGUAUACCAGAAUGACUCGGAUGAUAUGACGAGCACUCCAUACGGCCUUGUAUCUUCCCAAAUCGAAGAUGCUGUGGACAACAAUGCUAUGCAGUCUAUUCAGGAAGCCGAAAACGAUGUGCUUGGAUCGGUGAUACCGCAGCAGCCAGCGCCCUCCCAGAGCGAGACAUUCGUGGCGGUCGGCGUCAAGGGUCCAGCUACCGAAGUCCUGAAUGCGAUGGAAGGGCUCGAAGCCAGCGCGGCUCGACCAGUCUCGGCGCCAGAGCAACCGCUAGCUACAACGCCAGACGGCGACGCUAUGGCUGUUCAGCUUGUGCAGCCAGAAGAUAAAGUUACCGAAGAUACUGCGACUCGACCAGUUCCAGUGCCAGAGCAAGCGCUAGCUACAAAGCUAGACGGUGACGCUAUGGAUAUUCAGCUUGAUCAGCCAGAAGAUGAAGCCAUGCAGGAAGACGCUUCCCGGCUUGCUGGAACUGUCGCACCCGUGGGUCGUAACAACGCUACACCUAGCAUUAGUACCCAGUCUGCACAUUCAAGCGUUGAUCCAAUGGACUGGACUAAUUCUCUCGAUGGAUACCUGAGCCUCGUCGCUAAAACAAAGCGACCUUCUCCAGCAAUUGUCUCGAAUCUUCCGGCGCAGUCACGAAGCUCCGUUGAUAUCUCGAAGCCCAAUAUGGCACUAGCUGUCUCGAGUGCUUCGACUCAGCAGCAACCCGACAACGCGAGGAGCGUUCCGGCCAUCACGAAGCCUCCUACGCCUCUUAGCACCAAAGUACGGAAGACGGGUCAAAAGAUCGAUCAGUUCAGACUGUCUCGCUCCAACAACAAGCCACCAGUCUUCACAUCAAACCCGGGUCAUUCCUCAAGAAUUGGUCCCUCAUACCAAGUUCUGCCGUCAGCAAACCCAACACCACCAGUCCAUGUCCGCGCGGGCCGAACGAAGAACCCUCUGGAUGCAUUCAGUACGUCCAAUCCUGCGGUCGCGACAUCUGCUGGUCUCUCGUCCCACAAGAGUUCAGCAACUCCUGCUGUAACACCGGCGGCCUCCCGACCUGCAGCUCAGGGGCAUCUCAGCAACACGACGAGUCAUGCGAAUAUUGGAUCAACCUCUAUGUACAGCACUCCUAUCCGAAGUACUGAAGAACUCUCUGGUGGAAUCGGUCACCCACACUCGUCUGCCGCACUUCCAGCCAUGGCUUCGUUAGAUCAGCAACAAUCCAACAGCAUCAACGGACCUUCGGACUUUAUGCCACCGGCUAAAGCGAAAGGUCCCAACGGUGCUCCUGUGGCUCCGCCUCAACGACCGGGCAUCGACAGACUUAUAAGAAAGACGGUGAAAAUCACCAAGGGUCCGUACAAGGGCCAUCGUGGCACGGUGAAGGAUACGACUAUCCGCGAAGCUAGAGUCGAGCUGGAGUCGAAGAACAAGACAGUGAAUAUCGACAAGGGCCAACUGAGUGUCAUUGAUUUAAACACCGACUCAUCGACCCCAUACUACACAUGGGCAAGCGGCCAACGUGACACAGGAGGCGCACCGCCAAGGAUGCAGGCCGGUCAAGGAUUCCCAUCUUCGCGUGUCCCGGACGGUGGCGUUGAACCCAGCACUCCUGCGACACACUCCUCAGCCCAGCCUACUACUCCACAAUUCUCAUCCCAGGAGCUCGCCAGCAACGUGACGUCUGAUGUGGCCACAAACACAUUCCCUGCGCCUGACAGCAACGCCUUUGAAGCAUCGACAGAAGCGAAGCGACCAGUUCCUGCCCCUCGGCACGUGGACAAGACGGACCAGAUAUUCAAUAACAUUCAGCAGGACUUUGCCGAGCAGUUUAAAUCCGACGAACCCGUCUCAGAAGAAGCUGCGCCACAGACGACGACCUCAGAUGCCAGCGCAUCAUCAGAGAAUGAGGUGGUCGACAACCAGCCUGAGGCUGCUGAUGACCCGAUUGAUGAACCCAUUACGCAGGAUCAAAUUGACGCAGGAGUCAGAGCUGCUGAGGAGGCCUCCGAGCGUCUCAAGCAAGUAGCCGUCGAUUACUGGAAGGGAUAUGAGAAUGCCAUCUCGCCACAGCCAGACGAGGACCCCCAACCCAACACGACUCUGGGCAAAAGAGCCUCGAGAGACGAUGACGAGACGGAGGACAAUGACAAGCGUUCUAAAGGGAAACAGGUAGCCCAGGGCAACGCGCCCACCGGAGCUCCGUCCAACGGGGCGCGCCUCGGCGUGGUCAUGACAUUCUCUGAUCAUGAAGUGGAAAGUGCAGGGCAGCGCAGCGCCACUGACGGCCGAGCUACGUUCCCCAAUGCAGGGGAUCAAAAGUCCGAAAUGGAAUGGGCAGCACUCCGGACCUUCUACGGACCCGUUUGGCAGCGGUGUAAGAAGCAGUUCCACGCUUACAACAUCACCGCAUUCGACCCUAGAGGAAUCAUGGAGGUCGAUGCUCGAUUGCGGCGGCCUUUGGACGGGUCUACCUGGAAUUGGAACUCGGCCAUGAUUCAGAACCUUGUCUCAUGCGCGUUCAUUCUCUGCAAGCUCGCUGAGGAGAAGCCCCUUCUUGACAUGGCUAAAAAGGCGUACGCGCGCCUUGUCGAGCUCGAGGACAGCGUUUGCGACAGCAUGAGCAAGCUGUACAGUUGCAUGGCGGCGUAUGCUGCCGGAGACGAGGCCGCAAAAGAUGAAGUGUCUUGGAGCAUCCUGGAAAUUGAAGACUAUGAGAGAAUAUGUGACGAGAUGUCGGACAUAUCUGAUGGAUGCGACGUCCUUCCGGAGGACCUUGCGGCUGAUGACGCCAAUGGUGACUACAUGGGUGACCUUGCAGCUGGUGACGCCAACGGUGACUACAUGGAGGACGAUGGCGACACCGACAGCACUCUGAGUGACCGCAGCGACGAGGUCAGAGCAAACGAGCUUGAAGCUGAAGAGGCUCGCAAGCAGGAGCAGGAGCAACUCAAUGCUCCAUUCAAAAGCGAGACGGAGAGAGACGACUAUCUGCGCAAAGCAUUGCCCGAAGGCCUCUACGCGAUCAACGCGAAGUUACGGAGGAGCAUGCGCUUUACAUGGGUCUGGGUUAAGAAGUGCACGCUGUAG